UAAGAGUUUUUUCAAGUUUGACGGUUUUGGCAGGAAAGUAAUUUUGUUCAGUAAAUUUCUAUAAUUUUUGCAAUUAAAGCCAUUUCAAUUGUAAAUAGUGCUGUAAAUUGAAUUGAAUAACAAAGAAAUCAGGCUCAAAAUAUAAGGCAAGGCAGUAAUCUAGGUAAUAAAGAGCGCCGAACGAGUGUACGAGCAGCAAAAAGAGCAUGCUGACAAAACCAUCACCGAGAUAACCGACUACUUCUUCUCGCUGCACAACGUGCUACAAACGGCCGAACAGGAGGUUUUGGUUUCGGUACGAAACCAAUUUCAGAAGCUUCACGCGGAAACUGAAAACGUUCGAAAGGAACUUUCAGCUUCGGAACGCAAUUUGACGCGUUCGAUCGAGCAGUUGAAAACAUUCGAAAUAGCUCUGCCCAAAUCUACACUGUUGUCCGAUAUAAUUAAGGAUAUGAAGAAAACACUGCACAUCGCGCCCGUAACGGCAUACUUUGAAGAACCAAAGGAAAAUCCAUUCCAGUUUCGUGAACGUGAGCCACUUCGAAAAGAAAUUCACAAGUACUUCGCGUUUGAAUGCAAGCCCACCAGUUACCAUCCGCAAUUGAUGCCAUUCUACAGCGAGCAGCCCUUUCCUGUGCUGGAACCCAUAAAGUCACCGGAUAUACCGCAUUCACCGGAGCCUACAUCCGUUCCGAAUAACACCCCUUGCAGAAGCUGGCACAGCAACCGAAAACGCGGAUCCGAAGCAGGUGGAGUGUUGAAUAAAUCCUCGGUUUCUUCGAGCCAUUCUGUGAAGGAUAUGGAAAUAAGUCGAAUAUCGGAGGAACCGGAAAAUGUACAGUCGAAUGCAUCGAGCAAAGAGGUCGAAAAUCAAUCCAGAUCCAAGAAUAAUGAUGGCAAGUCCGCAACUACUCGCCAUUCCAGUGCAUCGUCACGAUCAAGAAAAGCUAGACAUGCCGACGAAGGAAGCAGCAGCGUCUCCGUGUAUGGAAAAGUUUCCAGUACUACUUCCGUGAAAGAAAAAUCUCAAAGUCCAGAUGUGGAAAUAAUUACGGAAAGCAAGCAUCGUUCUCCAUACAGUCACAAAUCACAUGGAAAUCGACCAGUGCCAGAAAAUAAACGUGCCUCCGUAGGUCGUUUGAAGUCUCAAGGAUCAACCUGCUCCGACCGUAGCAACUCAAAUCAGCCAGGACCAUCGUCUGUUUCCCCGGCCGAUAACUCUCGUGCUGAUAGUAAACUCGUUUACGAGAUAAAUCCAAUCAAUCCGGAUAACGCAACGUUUAUCAAGUAUAGCCAGAAGGUCAACGUUACGCACGUGAUAAAUCCGCACAAAUUCUACGUCCAGAAUCAGGCCUUCAAGCAAAUAGUCAAUAAGUUGUGUCGCGAUGACGGCGAGGACGCGGAAAUUCCCCAGGAAGUCAAAAUCGGCACACUGUACUUGGCGCAGCCGACUUCCGAACGACGCUGGUAUCGGUCCCGAGUCCUCGGUUGGUCGAAGAAAACCAAAAAAUAUGAGGUUCGCUUCGUCGAUUAUGGUCGCACGGAAGAGAUUCCACAUGAAGCUCUUCGGGUGCUGGAAGAAGAUAUGCACGGGUUCGACGAUGGAGCAUUCGAGUGCUCUUUGUACGAUAUCGUGCCUGCUAAAGGAAGUAAGAAAUGGGCUUCUGAAGCGAAACAGAUCAUGAUUGACUUUAUCGAGAACAAACAAUUGAUCAUGUACGUGGUUCAAACUGAAAAGGGGAAAGCCGACCAGGUGGAUCUCGUCAUGCAAACCAUCGACAGCCCGAAAUCGUUGCGUGAGUCUCUGAUCUAUCUGAACUUUGCCGAACCGGAUCGGAAACCGCCUAAGCGUAACGAAGACGCCUUGCGGCGAAUAAGUCAGCUGCAGAAAGUCAAGAAACGUUGGAUUCAGGAUUACAAACGGCGCAUCCCAAGUCGGCCCUUGGACAAGGACGAUGUGUUCAAAACGAAGAUUACGUUCUCAAUUUCACCGAGCGAAUUUUUCAUUCGUAGAAGUAGCUUGCAGGAUUCGUACAACAAGAUGCAAAUCGAACUAGCGGACUAUUGCUCCAAGGAGGCCCGAGUUGCUUAUUCGCCCCAUGUAGGAAUGGUGUGCGCUUUUGCUGAGAAGGAUCGCGAUGAGCUGCUGAUCUGGAAGCGAGGACGGGUUGUUAAAGUUGGUGAAGGAAACUGCGAGUUGUUUUCAGUGGAUACGGGUCACACAUUAACCAUAUGCUGGCAGGAUAUUCGUGAGCUCCCGAAGCAAUUCAUUUCCCCCUUCGAGUUUGCCGUCCGUUGCCGGCUAAUGCAUGUUCAACCAUUUAAGCAGCACAAGUACCGCUGGACGGAGGAAGCAAUCCAAAGCUUCAACCGUAUCGCUGUGUCGUCAUCCGUUUUCCAGCUGAUUGUGGGAGAAAAGCAGGACGAGUGCUACGACGCUGCUCUGUACAUUUUGAAACGCUUUUCCGACACUUGCGUCAAUGCUUUGAUGGUGAAGAACGGAUUUGCCGUCUCUACGGGACCCGAAAGUGCGGUUGUGGAGCGCUCCAAGGAAGUCGAAGAAGUCCCGGUUAAUGCAUCACAAGGAAAUACCAGUGAUGGAACUGCUUCCAAUAGCAGAAAAUCUGUGUCCGAAAGGCGACAAGUGAGAGUUCGGGUGGACAUUCUGCGAGUGGUUAACCCGAACGAGUUCUACGUGAGCCUGGUGAAGAACACUACCGGAAUUGCGCGGAUGCAGGAAGAAAUCCAGAACAAAAUGGAUGAGAAAAUGGAUGACGGUGACGACAAAACCAACUGGAAGCAAGGGGAAAUGUGUUUAGUGUUUCCAACGACGAUGAAAGGUCGUGGUAACGAAGCCAUUGGCUGCGAGUGGUAUCGGGCUAAAGUGUUGGAAAUAGUCGACGACAAUAACUACACGGUGUUCCUGAUCGACAAGGCGUUCAUCAUGAACUCGCAUUACUCCAACAUGAGUACCAUUCCGGUAGAAUUGAAAGAGGUACACCCGGCAGCAAUUCGUUGCUUUCUUGCUUGCAUCAGCCCCACCGCUCAGCAGAAGAUCUGGAGCUCAUCCGUGAUCGACGCUUUCAAGGUCUCCAUUGAAAAGUUCAAAUACUACUCAAUUUCCCUGCACGGACAGAGCGUGAACGAUUCCCUGCCCGUGAUCCUGUGGGGUAUGACAAUGGAAAACGUAAAGGCCCUCUCACCACAGAUGUACAACUACACAAACAUCAACAGUAAGCUCGUUGUGUACGGUUAUGCGCACCUUAAGGAAAAGUUUCCACCCCUGUCGGCUGCCUUGUCGGUGGAGGAGGAGCUAAUGCGACACUACAAAGCAUUCGACAAGUUCAUCGAGGAUCUGGAUGUGGAAAUGGUAGACCCCACUGAUGAACCGAAUUACAGCGAAUCGUCGGAUGCCUACAAUUAUGACAUAACGGAUAAAGUGACACCCAUCGAGCACUGGUUACCGGCUAAAUCGAACGACAAGACGAUCUUCGUCGGCAUCCCGACAUACGUAGACAACAACGCAGUUAUCUUCUUGCAUGAUGUAGAUAAAGAACGCACACUCAACGCCAUGAAAGAGGUGAUCAACGCCAAAUUUGCCGACAGCCAGGCACUAACGACUGACAUAUUUUACUCCCCGGGCGAUCCAUGUUUGGCCAAAUAUCACUUGGACAGUCAGUUCUACCGAGCGGUUGUACGGAAAAUGAUCAGUGCGUGUCGAUGUAAGGUCCAGUUCGUCGACUACGGUAACAUUGAGGAAUGCGAUGUCAAAGACCUGCGCAAGAACGUUAUCUGUGGGAAUGUUCCCACCAUGGCCAAUAAGUACCGGUUAACGAAUGUUGCUGCAAAGCAGCACGAAGGGAUUUGGUCAGUUGAGGCACUUGACACGCUGCAUGCUUUGGUCGUGGGAAAGCAGUGCCAAAUUCGCGUUGAUACUGAUAUGGAUACAGAUCCCGCUGGAGUCGUUCCUUGCUAUCUCAAGACGACUGGGGAACUGGCGGUUGAAGUGUCGGAUUACUUACUGGAACAAGAACUAGUCAUCAGAAAGCGCGGUGUCUUCGAGGAGAAGGUUGACCAGCUUUAUGAUCCGUAUAUGAAUCUAGGAGGCCCCAGCACCAGCGAAGCUGCAGCAUCUACUGGGCGUUUGCGCAUUGGUGCCAAUUUUACCGUAAAGAACGAAACCGAAGAAGUUAGUGACGAAGAAAAUGAACAUGGUGACGAUAUACAAGCUCGUGUCAACGAGAAAGAACUGGCCGACUUGCUGGACCAAGUGACAGCCGAGCAGAACCGUUCUGCUGUAGAAGAGGAAGAUACUGGCGAAAAUAGCUCCGGCAUAGAUUUGAACAAAGUACAAUACUUUUAUAGCUAUGGUGACAUUAAGCUGGAGCCUUGCUCGGGCUCGGAAGAGGAAGGCGAACUCAGCAUUAGUGUCAAGAAGACUGAGGAAGCCAGUGACGGGAACAUGACGGAUGGUUCAAGCAUAUCAUUCAAUCCGCAUGAUUUCGACACAUCCACUCAGAUUGACCCUCCGCUGGAAAUGACGCGACCCACUUUGAAUGGGUACCCUGAAUUUUGGUUGGACCCGUCCGUAGAUGGAUUCUAUUGUGAGGUUACGAACCUCAUAAAUCCUUUCACUUUGUUCGUGUUUCCACAGUUGGACAGUCAUAUCCAACAAAUGAAGGAGACUAUGGCACGGAUACAAUGCUACGUCAAAAAGCAUCGGAAAUGUCCCGACAUCGAAGCGAAAAUGCCUUGCUUGGCUGUAUUCAAACAAGAUGGUUUCUGGUAUCGAGCUCUAAUUGAGGAGUACUUCCCAGACCGAGGUGAAGUGCGAGUUUUAUACGUGGACUAUCUUAACAAAGAAACGAUUAGCGUAAGAGACAUCCUGAAGUGCCCUGUUAGCUUGCGAAAAGUACCAUUACGCAAUGUGCAAAUUCAGCUACAUGCACUGCAAACCAACAUCCGAAUGCGCGAACAGGAUGUUACGCGAAAAUUGGUGGAACUGAUCGAGGGUAAAAGAUUGUAUGCAAAAGUUGUCUCACACACUCCGAAGAUCCAAGUUGAACUCUAUAAUGAUGACAGGUGUAAACAGUUAGUUUAUCACCAACUGAUCAAGGAGAAAUACUUCAUCAAGGAGAAAUGAGCAACGUUUUGAAAGAAGAUUUUGUUUGAAGAUGUACCUCAAUUAAUUUAUUACUUAUGUGACUGGAAUGAGAAUAAUGAGAAAACACCCUGCACUUGUUCUGAACAAAGGCAAACGUAUAGUUUUUUUUUCUAUACUUGAAUUCUAUUAUUAUGAAUAUAUUGCUGAUAACGAAAUAAAAUGAAAACUAAUGUAUGAUAAUA